UGGGUGCGCAUGCGUGCGGGGCACGCCGGGACAGAGGAGGACCGCGAUGGCGGCGGCUUGGAGGACCGGGUCGUUGCUGCGAGGUCGCUGGUUCGGCCGCGCCAUUGCCGGCCCUGGCACCGGCUCUUGCCACGCCCUGCCCAGCCGUGGUCGCCUGGCAACAAGCAUGCCGGCACUCGCCGAUAGAUCCAUCCACUGUAACCGCGGAAGCAGACCGGCACUGCGAGCACAGGAGCCGCCGGGCGGUCCGGAGUCCCGGCUCCCAGAGUACAUCCCACAGCGCCGAGCCAAGAACCCGAUGGGCAAGAUCGGGCUGGCCUGGUUGUUUGGCCUGCCGUCGGGCGUCAUCAGCUUCCUGCUGGUCAAGCGAGAGGUGGACAAGAACCGUCUGAAGCAGGUGCAGGCCCGGCGGAGGAUGAAGGUCGCCAACGAGGGCGAGUACCGGAGCGAGAGGUACCGUCAGCACAGCGCCACCAGCAGUACGGGCUGAGGGGGCAGCUCUGGAUCACCACCCCACCCCCCCCCCCCCCUGUACAAUCAGCCCUCUGGACCUCUGCUUCACUUGAUCUCCCGGUGGCUCAGCGCUUCAACUCUCUCUCCCAUUCCGAAUCUGACCUCUCUGUCCUGGGCCUCCUCCAUGUUCAGAGUGAGCACCACCGGAAAUUG